AUGGUUCGGCCGUCGGUAAAAGUCGGUUCCGCGAAAUUGGUUCUGAUCUGCGUUGCUCUUCUAGGUUUUGCUCUCAUUGCCGAUUUUCUCUGGGCUUCUUCUUCCCCUUCUUCCUAUUUCUCUGUUUCCAAUUCCAAAACUUCAACCACCAUCACUGUUCCCAAAGAGAAGAAGAAGAAAGAUAGUUCUGUUAGAUUGCUUGCAGAUGCUUAUGCAGAUUUGCCUGGUCCUCAACUCACAUGGCAAAAAAUGGCAACUUCGCCUGUUCCUCGUCUUGAUGGUGCUGCUAUUCAGAUUCGAAAUCGUCUCUUUGUUUUUGCUGGAUAUGGCACCAUUGAUCUUGUACAUUCUCAUGUUGAUAUAUAUAACUUUGAUGAUGGAACAUGGGGAGGACGCUUUGACAUGCCAAAAGAAAUGGCACACUCACAUUUAGGAAUGGUGACAGAUGGAAGAUACAUUUAUAUAGUUACUGGGCAGUACGGCCCGCAAUGUAGAGGUCCCACCGCUCGUAACUUUGUACUUGACACUGAAACAAAGCAAUGGAACGAUCUCCCUCCUUUGCCAGUCCCUAGAUAUGCACCAGCAACUCAACUUUGGAGAGGUAGAUUGCAUGUGAUGGGUGGCAGUAAAGAGAAUCGACAUACACCUGGAUUAGAACAUUGGAGUCUUGCGGUCAAGGAUGGAAAAGCAUUAGAAAAGGAGUGGAGAAGUGAAAUACCCAUUCCUCGUGGAGGACCUCACAGGGCUUGUGUUGUGGCCAAUGAUCGUCUCUAUGUUAUUGGUGGUCAAGAAGGUGAUUUUAUGGCCAAACCUGGGUCACCUAUUUUUAAGUGUGCGCGCAGGAUGGAGGUUGUCUUUAGCGAUGUUUACAUGUUGGAUGACGAGAUGAAGUGGAAAGAGCUACCACCAAUGCCAAAACCAAAUUCACAUAUUGAAUUUGCGUGGGUGCUUGUAAACAAUUCGAUUGUUAUUCUUGGAGGCACAACAGAAAAGCACCCUGAAACCAAGAAAAUGGUUUUAAACGGAGAAGUGAUCCAGUUUAACUUGAAUACUUUGAAGUGGUCAGUGAUCGGAAAAUUACCAUACCGAGUGAAAACGACCUUAGUAGGAUUUUGGAAUGGAUGGCUGUACUUCACUUCAGGACAGAGGGACAAGGGACCCGAUGAUCCAUCACCAAAAAAGGUCAUUGGAGAAAUGUGGAGGACAAAAUUAAAAUUGAAUGAAUGA